AUGUAUUACAUUAGGAUUAGCAGAGGGGAUACCGGUGGACCGCUCCAGUGUGAAGACGACGAAGGUCGUAUGUAUUUGGUGGGCAUCACAAGCUUUGGAUAUGGCUGUGGGAGACCAAACUAUCCAGGGGUGUACACCCGGGUCUUUGAGUACCUGGACUUCAUUGAAAAUGGAGGACCAGAAGAGGAAGAGGAAGGGGAAGAAGGUCCUCCACCAGUUCAAAUUCCAUUAGGGGAAUCCCAGGACAUUGUGGCCAAUGUAAUCUAUACGCCUGAGAAGAUUUGGUAUAUAACGACACCUGACGGUGAUGCACUGGACAUAUUCAUUAGAUACCUUGAUCUCGAGAGAGUAUUUGAUCACCUGGUCAUGGGCUUUGGCAAGGACUCUAGUGAUGUGUCUUCCAUCAUCGCAGACUCGGACACAUUCUUUGCUCAUUUCUACCAUGUCCGCAGACAGAGUGUCUGGUUCAAGUAUACAUCAGAGGCGGUGCAAGUUGUUGAAGGUCAUGGUUUCAGCGCAACCAUUGAAGCAAAAUCUAUUCAAGAUGCAUCAACAUGUACAAACCAAACGUGUGGUGAUUCCAAUAUUUGCAAUGAUAUUGCCUCUGGUUACUCAUGUGUCUGCAUGGAGCAAUCGCCUCUCCCUCCUUGCAAUGAAAUUGCUGAACGUCACAUCGAUGUUUCACCUGGCGUGUAUUGCGACUUCAAAGAUGACUUUUGUGGAUGGGAGCAGGUCAAAGAACCACAGGAUGAUUGUGAUUGGUAUCUGUAUUAUGGCAAUUCCUACAUAAAAGCUUCCACAUGUAGAACUGGAGCUGUCAACUCUGCAGGUCUCAUCAGCCCACUACUUAUCCGGUCGGGAGAUGGCAGUGAUGAGCCCCUGUGUUUUACGUUUUCUUAUUGGAUUGACGUUUCAGAGGGGGCACUCAAGGUCAGCUUUAUUCCACAGGAUACCCGUACGAAACAAGAACUAUGGUCGCGUGAGCUUGACACGGGCAGUGAGCAAUGGAGGUUUGGGCAGGUGGACCUCACUCCCGAGGGAUCCGGAUGGCUGGUGCUAGAAGCAAUCUUGGGUGAAUCCUUUUAUACCGGUAUAGCGAUCAACCAGGUUCGCCUGUCUAGUUGUCGGACGUCAGAAGAUGGAGAGUAUGACAUCUUCCUUGAGCCCGAUAGUAUUUUCCACCUGCUCUCUCCGAACUUCCCUGAACCCUAUCCAAAUUUGUUCGACCAAACCUGGUUGAUCACCGCUCCUGAAGAGUCUGGAACUCGAGUCGUUUUUGAUCUCCUACAUAUCGAGCCUGUGUUUGACCUUCUGGUCGUCGGAAUAGGACAUGACCCAUCAGUCAGUGAGAAUAUUGUUCGGAUCAUCUCAGGGUACGACAGCAGCCUCGACUCAAUCCUCCUGGUCAGCAACCUGUCUUGGGUCAGCUUCGAGACUGAUUAUACAUCCAGAGACAUGGGUUUUGUUAUUGCUCUAAGUACAAUCGAAGACUUCUCUGAAUACUUCCUCUGUCAUGCCAGCCCUUAUGCCCUUCCAUUGACAAGUAAAUGUAAUGGGCUUGUUGAGUGUUUAGAUGAGAGUGAUGAAUUGAUGUGUGGAACCCCCCCAGCAAACUCGUCCUGCUUCGAGUGUGCAUCUAACUAUGAAUGUGUGUAUGAUCCAAGCUGGGUUUGCGAUGGUGCCUAUGAUUGCUUUAACGGACAAGAUGAAUUGAACUGCACAGCAACCCCCCCAGCAACCCCCCCAGCAAACUCGUCCUGCUUCGAGUGUGCAUCUAACUAUGAAUGUGUGUAUGAUCCAAGCUGGGUUUGCGAUGGUUACUAUGAUUGCUUUAACAGAGAGGAUGAAUUGAACUGCACAGCAACCCCCCCAGCAAACUCGUCCUGCUUUGAGUGUGCAUCUGACUUUGAAUGUGUGUAUGAUCCAAGCUGGGUUUGCGAUGGUGACUAUGAUUGCUUUAACGGAAAGGAUGAAUUGAACUGCACAGCAACCCCCCCAGCAAACUCGUCCUGCUUCGAGUGUGCAUCUGACUAUGAAUGUGUGUAUGAUCCAAGCUGGGUUUGCGAUGGUAUCGAUGAUUGCGAUAACAGAGAGGAUGAAUUGAACUGCACAGGUACUACAACCAAUGACACGAUUUCAGUUUCAGCGGUUAACCUGACUGUUGGAGAAACGUGGUCAAUUUCAUCACCAAACUAUCCUCAUGAGUAUCCAAACAACGCCUAUUACACUUGGUACAUCACGGCUCCAUCAAACUACUCUGUGAUCAUCACAUUCAUAGCAUUUAAUCUGGAAUCUUGCUGUGACCAUCUGAGCAUAGGGAAUGGUCAUACACCUGGGAACUUGGUGGUAAAAACUUUCUCAGGACAAGAUAUACCAGCGUCUUUGAGAUUGUACAGUUCUUACAGUUGGAUGCGAUUCACCAGUGACGGUUCAGUCACGCAUCAGGGAUUCCAACUGCAGCUAACAGUGAUCCCUAGAUCUUUAGGGUGCGGCAACGACUCUUUCACAUGUAUCAACAACAAUUGCGUUCUGAAUUCUCUAACUUGUGACGGUUACAAUGAUUGUGGUGACUUUUCUGAUGAGGAGUAUUGUCCACCCUGUGUUCCUCUAGAGAAUAUAGGUGAAUGUGGACAAUUACCGUAUGACAGAACAUACUUCUCGAAUCAGUAUUCUCCAAAUUCUCCUCAGGCAGUUCUUUCUUACAAUUUUAUUAUACACAGUUUACAAGGUUGUCAUCCCAGAGCCAUCGACCUUGCAUGCAACUUGCUGUUUCCUGAAUGCAUCCAUCAAGGACCUACAAAUCGCCCAUGCUACUCAGAUUGUGUGAAUAUUACAGCACACUGUAGAGAACUCUUUGAGCAGCACUCAAACAUGUCUUGGCCAGUAAACUGCAAAGACUUUACAGAUAAAGGGAGAACACCUAAUGGUUACUGCCAGGGAGCUACAGGAGACCUGUUCAAAACUGACAUCUGUGGUACAAGACCAGCAUAUAGACAGAAAUUUGCCGAAAUAGUAGGUGGCGUGGAUGCAAAUGAAGGCGAAUUUCCCUGGAUGGUACAUUUGAAAGAUAACGGAUUUGGUUUCUGCGGAGGUACUCUAAUCUCUUCCGAAUGGGUAGUGACAGCAGCUCACUGUGUCUCUUCUGGUAGCCACAAUACUGUGGAUGAGGUUGUCUUUGGGAAUCUCAACAUUGAAAGCACUUCACCAUAUCGCCUCAGCAUUACACCCAGUCAAAUAUUCAUUCAUCCCGACUAUGAUUCUUUCACCAAUGAUGCAGAUAUAGCACUCAUCCAACUCUCUACGCUAGUCAAUUACACUGAUUACAUCAGACCAGCAUGUCUUGCAAAUUCAUCUCAAGAAACCACUGUAUACAAGCAAUGUAUAGUAAGCGGAUGGGGAAAUACUCAAAUUGAUGGAUAUCCAGACCACUUGCAGAAGGCAGUCGUGGGUUUGAUUAGCAGAAUCACCUGUGGAAGUCUACUUGGGAUUGAAAGCUUUACAGACAACAUGAUAUGCGCAGGAUAUGAAAGAGGAGAUAUAGAUACCUGUGACGGUGAUAGUGGUGGUCCUUUAGCGUGUGAAGGUCCAGAUGGUAGAUGGCACCUGGUCGGUGUAACUAGUUGGGGAUAUGGAUGUGCGGAACCAGGAAACCCAGGAGUGUACGCGAGAGUCUCUGAGCUGUUGCCUUUCAUUCUAGGAGUUGUGAAAAAUUACGCAGGCAGUGUUCCACCAACAUUAGGUACUACUACGGCCAGUCUAACCAAUGACAUGAUUUCAGCAACCCCCCCAGCAAACUCGUCCUGCUUCGAGUGUGCAUCUGACUAUGAAUGUGUGUAUGAUCCAAGCUGGGUUUGCGAUGGUAUCGAUGAUUGCGAUAACAGAGAGGAUGAAUUGAACUGCACAGGUACUACUACGGCUAGUCCAACCAAUGACACGAUUUCAGUUUCAGUGGUUAACCUGACUGUUGGAGAAACGCGGUCAAUUUCAUCACCAAACUAUCCUAAUGAGUAUCCAAACAACGCCUAUUAUACUUGGUACAUCACGGCUCCAUCAAACUACUCGGUGCUCAUCACAUUCAUAGCAUUUAAUCUGGAGAGUGGCUAUGACCAUCUGAGCAUAGGGAAUGGUCAUACGCCUGGGAACUUGGUGGCAAAAACUUUCUCAGGACAAGAUAUACCAGCUUCUUUGAGAUUGUACAGUUCUAAUAGUUGGAUGCGAUUCACCAGUGACUAUUCAGUCACGCGUCAGGGAUUCCAGCUGCAGCUAACAGUGAUCGCUGGAUCUUUAGAUUACCAUGAACAUGUAAGUGAAGGAGAAACCAUCCGAAUUCAGUCUCCCAACUUUCCUGAUUUCUACCCAAACAAUGCCUACGUUCAUUGGGUCAUCACCAAAGACCAUGAGGAAUUGUAUUUUCAAAUUACCAUCCUGAGGUUAUCCCUAAAUUCUUAUGACUAUCUCACGGGAAGAGCUGGAGACCAGGAAACUAAUGCUACAACCAACGUUUUCUCCUAUGGACCCUACAGCAGAAUCUACAGUUCUGUUGAUUUUCUCUUACGUGAACCAUCAGUCGUCAUUGAGUUCUCAUCAGAUGCGUAUUUCACCGACAUGGGAUUUGAACUUGAAAUAUCAGUGUUGAAUGCAUCAGAUUAUUUCUUCUGUGAUGGGAACCAGCUGCACAAUUGGGCGGUAGUAUGCGACUUCACCAUUGACUGCGAUGACGGUACAGAUGAAAAAGGAUGUGAGAGAGUCCUCACACAAGGUGAAUCAGUGAAUGUGUCAUCGACCUAUCAUUCUGGGGGCGGCUACAUCCUUUGGAAGCUCACUCUUGCUGAUGCACCAAAUUUGGCCUUUCUGAUCGAACCAUUGUACUCAUACUUUUAUGAUGGCUCCCAUCUGGUCUUUGGUUAUGGACAUGACCCAAACACCAAUAGCAGCAGGACAUGGAAUGUAACAUACAGGGAUGGUUAUUAUUAUAGCUACCAGUCUGGGGCUCACGAGAAACACCUCCUCAACAGUUCAGAUAUGUUCAUUGAAUAUCAGUACUCAACUUAUGCCUACGACUACUUUGAGUUUCAAAUAACUGCUGUAGAAGCAAGAGACUAUAUGUAUUGUGACAGCGAACCAACGACAGAAGUCUCCUUAAGAACAGCCCAAUGCGAUGGUGUUGCAGAUUGCAUGAAUAGCAAUGAUGAAUAUAUGUGCGAUCCACAUGAAGUAUCACCAGGGGAUAUCUUGAAGCUUCAAUCAUAUGGCUACACCUAUCACACUGCUGGUCAAACAUCAUCUGUAACUUGGUCCUUGAUUGCUACUGAUAAUAACUAUGUCUUGCUUCGUUUCGCGAUUCUUGCCAUUACCCCCAAUGAUACCCUGUGUGUUGGAGAGGGUAACAACCCUCAGAAUGCUUCAUCUACCAUUACCUGCAUUUCAGGAUUCCUCAGUCUAGGCCCUUGGGUUUACUCGGAGUAUGAACUUAUGGACGUCUAUGCCAGUGUUUUGGCUCCUCCCGCCUCUAAUGGCCUUUGGGUAUCAUUCGACACAGUAUCAUUAGACACAGGGUUUGAGUAUGGAGGAAGUGGAUUCCAAAUCUUUGCUUCAGCCGUAUCAGAAAUAAAUGACUACAGACCGUGUGGUAAUAGCUCUGGUUUGGUGUUCCAUGUGAAUCUAACGUGUGAUGGAGCUGCACAGUGUCCCCAACGUGAAGAUGAAUCUCAAUGCCCUCCACGACAGAUAAACUUCACUGCUGAUUCCGAAAACAGCGCAGUAUCAGUGGGUACCAUGUACUCGACUUUCAUCAUCCCAAACCUUCAGAUCACAUGGACGAUUCAUGCAGAAUCCGGAGUGCUGGUUUUCGUCUUUGAGGCUUAUAACCUUGGAUCAUAUUUGGUUGGAUACACUCCUGAAGUGGAUCUACUUCAAGUAGGAGAAGGCAUCUUGCCUGGAAAUGAUGUUCUUUUCAGCGUAUCACAUGAUUACUUCGAUAGUUACCAACAUUACAGAUUCAUUCAGACAACCACCAGUGAUGGUUGGAUCUUUUUCAGGACAGGGGAUGUUAGUGGAUCAUACUUCUCGCUUACUAUUCGAAAUGGAAAUAUAAGUGAUGUGUUCUGUGACUUUGAAUAUGGCUCGUUCUGUUCCUGGAGCCCAACCAAUAUCUCUGCUGGAGGUUACACUGGAUCUUGGAGUAUUACUUCAGGGAAUCAAUCUUACUCUGAAUAUGCAGAAGUCGACCAUACUCUUAAUACAACUGCUGGCCAUUACUUAGUGAUGUCAUCCAACCAUUACUACAACAACAACCCCACCUCACUGCAAAGGACAAUAGUGAGGGAGGAUCCCCUUAGAGUCAAUGAAUGUUUAUCGUUCUGGUACAUCAUUGCUGGUAGCCUUAACCUCAACAUCACCUACAAAACUAAUGGAUCAAAGUCUGAAUCUUUCUUGAUCUGGAUAAAUGAAGGCCUGUCAAAGCAUGAAUGGACGUAUGCCGAGAUCAACUUGUUUGGUCUUCCAUCUGGGACUGCUAUUCUUGAAGGAAUCAUUCACAACUACUACAACCAGGGAUUUAUUGCUAUUGAUGAUAUCCUGCUCGGACCCUGUAUCACAAAUUCCACUCUUGUCAUUGAACCUGACCUGCCACCCGAACGCCUUGUUAUUCGUGGAAGCCAAGUUCCUUACCUCCAUGUACGAACCUAUCCUGGAUAUCAUUUGAAGUUUGAACUGACCAAUUCAUCGAUUAUCCUACCUCCCUUCACAAUCGUACCCGGCUUUGUUGCAGAUGAACAAGCGUUCUUCUUUCCAAUCUAUUUUGGUCAAAUAAACAUCACAUAUGGAGGGAGUCAAAACUUCUCUUCUUAUGAACUUGGGUCACAGUUUGCAGUGAUACAUCCAAUUGAUGACAUUUAUUUUGAAGACCAUGAUAGCUUUGCUGUGGUUGAGAUAUCUGCUAUUCUCACGGGAGAUUCACUGAUCUGCUCACAUGUCCCACUGGUGGUCAGGAGUGAUGAGUUAUGUAAUGGCCACUAUCUUUGCCCGUUUUAUGAUGAUGAAAUUCAAAGCGCAUGUGAACCCAGCCAAAUAUUCCUAGCAGAAGCACAGCGUCUAUCAGUUACAUCCCCAGGCUACCCUCUAGGUUAUGGGAAUUUGUUGUUCUUCACAUAUGUCUUGCAAACAAACACAUCCGGCUUCCGAAUAACACCCCAGGACGUCUUUCUCGGCGAUGGAGAUACCCUUAGUAUCGGACCUGGUGCUGAUCCAUUUUUUAGCAUAGAUCCAACGUUCAACCUGUCUAGCUACCAUGGUGGUACCAGUAGCAGUUUUGUGGUUGCAUCCCCAACAAUGUGGAUUAGGCUUGUUUCCUCGUCAUAUAGUACACUCAGAGACAGGAGGUUCAGCAUUGCCGUUCAGAGCAUCGAUAUAUCUGACCUUGUUGUUUGCUCCGACGGAACUUCUUAUAAUUCUACUGCUCGGUGCAAUUCUAUUGAUGAUUGUAAUGAUGGCAGUGAUGAAAACAAGUGCAAAUACUCGCUUACUGUUAGAGAAACCCACUUUCUUUACAGUUAUGGAUCACAUAGUAGACCUUACAACAGGACAUGGUUAUUCGAUAUCAAUUCUUCACAAAGCGAUGCCGGUAACAUUGCCUUCUUUGUGUACAUUAGCGACAUUUAUUUAAGCUAUGGCAACGUACUUCGUAUUGGCUCUGGAUUUGUCCCCAGUAAUGAUUCAGAAUUUCUAUUUGCCAAUGAUGACCACCCGUCUAACAGGGCAAGAAGGCUCAUUCAGUCAUCAGAGAUGCACGUGGAUUUCACAAGCUCCUUUAGUUAUUCACAUUUCAACCUGGCGAUUACACCCCGUUCCCUUGAAGGUCUCUUUGUGUGCAAUGAUGGAUUUCAUGCAGUCAACCAGUCCUCUCUGUGUGAUCUCAGUGUAGAUUGUCCGGACUCCAGUGAUGAAACCGGCUGUGUUCACACGCUCUAUCUUGGAGACGCAAGAGUACUACUCAGUCCUGGUUACUCGUACACACAUGCCUUGUGGCUCUUCAACUCAAGCGCUCCUGCUCUUACUAACUCCAUGGAAGUAGCAUUCAUUAUCACUCUCAAUUACGGAUAUCUUUCUUAUGGUAAUGUCCUACGGAUUGGAGCCGGUCUGGUACCCAACAAUGAUUCUGAGGUCAUUGGUGGAAGCCAGCAAUUUCCAAGGGGUGAGCGCAUUCUAGCUGCGUCAGAGAUGUUCAUUGAAUUUACAUCAAGUUCAUACUACAACUACUACUACUUCCAAAUGGAGAUAUCUUUGGGUUAUCUCACAGAUCCUUUCCAAUGCAAGACAGGUCCAUGGGCAGUCAAUGGAUCCGCUAUAUGUGAUGUGAUACCAGACUGCAGAGAUGGUAGUGAUGAGGCAUCAUGCAUACACGAGCUGGACAAUGGAGAACAUCUUUACCUGUACUCGCCAAAUUAUCCAAAUAGCUACUACGGCAACACCUCCAUCCUUUGGCUCUUCCAGGCGAAUUCAUCAGCUGGAGGCAACUUCUCUUUUGUUGUGACCAUCGACGAGUUGCACCUCGACGACUAUGAUACUUUGAAGAUAGGACAAGGCCAUGAUGCCGAUGGCUUCACUGUAGUCAAUUUCACUGGCUUUACAUCCCUGUACAACCCAUAUGUUACCGUCGUUGAAGGAGAUAAGCUCUUUAUUGAAUUUAUGACCGAUGACUAUUACGAUUCAGGAGCUUUUAGAAUCGAUAUUGGACUCUACUUGUUAGAUGACCUCUUUUUUUGCUCCGAUGGAACUUCUUAUAAUUCUACUGCUCGAUGCGAUUCUAUUGAUGAUUGUAAUGAUGGGAGUGAUGAAAACAACUGCAAAUACUCGCUUACUGUUGGAGAAACCCACUUUCUUUACAGUUAUGGAUCAUACAGUAGACCUUACAUCAGAACAUGGUUAUUCAAUAUCAAUUCUUCACAAAGCGAUACUGGUAACAUUGCCUUCUUUGUGUACAUUAGCGACAUUUAUUUAAGCUAUGGCAACGUACUUCGUAUUGGCUCUGGAUUUGUCCCCAGUAAUGAUUCCGAAUUUCGAUUUACCAAUGAUGACCACCCGUCUAACAGGGCAAGAAGGCUCAUUCAGUCAUCAGAGAUGCACGUGGAUUUCACAAGCUCCUAUAGUUAUUCACAUUUCAACCUGGCGAUUACACCCCGUUCCCUUGAAGGUCUCUUUGUGUGCAAUGAUGGAUUUCAUGCAGUCAACCAGUCCUCUCUGUGUGAUCUCAGUGUAGAUUGUCCAGACGCCAGUGAUGAAACCGGCUGUGUCCACACGCUUUAUCUUGGAGACACAAGAGUACUACUCAGUCCUGGUUACUCAAACACACAUGCCUUGUGGCUCUUCAACUCAAGCGCCCCUGCUCUUACUAACUCCAUGGAAGUAGCAUUCAUUAUCACUCUCAACUACGGAUAUCUUUCUUAUGGUAAUGUCCUACGGAUUGGAGCCGGUCUGGUACCCAACAAUGAUUCUGAGGUCUUCAGUGGAAGCCAGCAAAUUCCAAGGGGGGAGCGCAUUCUAGCUGCGUCAGAGAUGUUCAUUGAAUUUACAUCAAGUUCAUACUACAACUACUACUACUUCCAAAUGGAGAUAUCUUUGGGUUAUCUCACAGAUCCUUUCCAAUGCAAGACAGGCCCAUGGGCAGUCAAUGGAUCUGCUGUAUGUGAUGUGAUACCAGACUGCAGAGACAGUAGUGAUGAGGCAUCAUGCAUACAUGAGCUGGACAAAGGAGAACAUCUACACCUGUACUCACCAAAUUAUCCAAAUAGCUACUAUGGCAACACCUCCAUCCUUUGGCUCUUCCAGGCAAAUUCAUCAGCUGGAGGCAACUUCUCUUUCGCUGUGACGAUCGACGAGUUGUACCUCGACUACUAUGAUACUUUGAAGAUAGGACAAGGCCAUGAUGCUGAUGGCUUCACUGUAGUCAAUUUCACUGGCUUUACAUCCCUGUACAACCCAUAUUUUACCGUCGUUGAAGGAGAUAAGCUCUUUAUUGAAUUUGUGGCCGAUGACUACCGGUAUUACGAUUCAGGAGCUUUUAGCAUCGAUAUUGGACUCUACUUGCAAGAUGACCUCUUUGUUUGCUCCGAUGGAACUUUUUAUACUUCUACUGCUCGAUGCGAUUCUAUUGAUGAUUGUAAUGAUGGCAGUGAUGAAAACAAGUGCAAAUACUCACUUACUGUUGGAGAAACCCACUCUCUUCGCUAUUAUGGAUCAUACGGUAGACCUUACAACAGGACAUGGUUAUUCAAUAUCAAUUCUUCACAAAGCGAUACCGGUAACAUUGCCUUCUUUGUGUACAUUAGCGACAUUUAUGUUCGCUAUGGCAAUGUACUUCGUAUUGGCUCUGGAUUUGUCCCCAGUAAUGAUUCAGAAUUUCUAUUUGCCAAUGAUGGCUACCUGUCUAACGGGGCAAGGAGGCUCAUUCAGGCUUCGGAGAUGCACAUGGAACUCACAAGGUCCUAUAGUUCUUCACAUUUCAACCUGGCGAUUACUCCCCGUUCCCUUGAAGGUCUCUUUGUGUGCAAUGAUGGAUUUCAUGCAGUCAACCAGUCCUUUCGUUGUGAUCUCAGUGUAGAUUGUCUGGACUCCAGUGAUGAAACAGGCUGUGUCCACACGCUUUAUCUUGGAGACACAAGAGUACUAAUCAGUCCUGGUUACAGAUCGUACACACGUGCCUUGUGGCUCUUCAACUCAAGCGCUCCUGCUCUUACUAACUCCAUGAAAGUAGCAUUCAUUAUCACUCUCAACUACGGAUCUCUUUCUUAUGGUGAUGUCCUACGGAUUGGAGCCGGUCUGGUACCCAACAAUGAUUCUGAGGUCUUCAGUGGAAGCCAGCAAUUUCCAAGGGGGGAGCGCAUUCUAGCUGCGUCAGAGAUGUUCAUUGAAUUUACAUCAAGUUCAUACUACAACUACUACUACUUCCAAAUGGAGAUAUCUUUGGGUUAUCUCACAGAUUCUUUCCAAUGCAAGACAGGUCCAUUGGCAGUCAAUGGAUCCGCUAUAUGUGAUGUGAUACUAGACUGCAGAGACGGUAGUGAUGAGGCAUCAUGCAUACAUGAGCUGGACAAUGGAGAACAUCUUUAUCUGUACUCGCCAAAUUAUCCAAAUAGCUACUACGGCAACACCUCCAUCCUUUGGCUCUUCCAGGCAAAUUCAUCAGCUGGAGGCAACUUCUCUUUCGUUGUGACCAUCGACGAGUUGCACCUCGACAGCUAUGAUACUUUGAAGAUAGGACAAGGCCAUGAUGCCGAUGGCUUCACUGUAGUCAAUUUCAGUGGCUUUACAUCCCUGGACAACCCAUAUUUUACCGUCGUUGAAGGAGAUGAGCUCUUUAUUGAAUUUGUGACCGAUGACUAUUACAAUUUAGGAGCUUUUAGCAUUGAUAUUGGACUCUACCUGCGAGAUGGGAAAUUUAUAUGCAAUGCUGGCAGUGGCAAAGGUCUCAUUAGCAUUAACAAAGUAUGUGAUGGGAAGGUUGAUUGUAUUGAUGGUACAGACGAGACAAAUUGUUCUGUCAUCCUGGCAACAGACGAAACGGUUUUCCUUGCCUCCUACACUUAUCCUUCUUACGUGAACUAUGGAAAUGACUACAUCUAUUCAAGCUGGAUCGUUUCAUCAGCAGACAGUGCAAAUGCUCUGAUAGUCCAAGUUGAAUAUAUUAAACUCUAUUUUGGUGACUCACUUAUCAUACGUAACAUUGGUGCAACUACAAGCCGGAGAGAGACCACGUGGUCAUUUGCAGAUGAUACAACCUUUACUUGGAGUGAUAUUGCAGAUAAAGUAUUCCCAGAGGGAGAACUGUCGGUGGAAUUCAAGAGCCUGUAUGGCGGAGGUUUUGGUCUCGAAAUACUUGCACUCCCGCUGGAAGAUAUCAUAACAUGUGAUGCUGGAGAUAAGAUCGCUCCGCCUGGAAACAGAUGUGAUGGUACUGUGGACUGUACUGACUUACGUGAUGAGCUUGAUUGCCCUCCCAUCGCAAGCUUUAAUCUGAGUCUUGGCGAAAAUGUUACCAUCCAGUCCCGUGGAUAUCCAGUUUACUUACCUAUCACCAGACCAUUGAUAAAGACAUGGACAUUCAGUGCAGUGGAUGGGACAAGGCUACGUUUGGAUAUCAUCCAUCUGCAGAUGGAAAGUGUGGACCAUUUUACGCUAGGAACUGGUUUUGACAUACACAAUGCUUCAACGAUUUUGUAUGAGCUAUCAUAUGAUGUUUACAAGGGAAUUGAAGGAAACAGUCUGCUACCUAUCAUACCACCGGGAUCUGAGUUUUGGAUCGCAUACUUCAGAACUCAAGGGAGUUUUUUUCACACAUCUUCCUUUGCAUUUGAAGUUACCGCUGUCCAAGAAACAGAAAUUCAAUGUCCUGCUGGUGAAACAACUUGUGGAGACAUCUUCUUUGAAUGUCUUGACUCCACCAUGUUCUGUGAUGGAGUGAAUGACUGCAUACAUGGGACUGAUGAAGAGUGUGAAUGUCCUAGUCUUUGGGAAGUGCGAUGUGGUCCAUAUAGAGCAUGUGUCAACCGCAAUAACUUCUGCACCAGUUACCAUUCCUGUGAAACAGACUGCACAUUUGCUUGCAACAAUGGGCGGUUCAUUCACCAAGGAUUUGUGUGUGACGGAUUCAAUGACUGUGGAGAUUUUACAGAUGAGCGACAAGACUGUGAAUGUGCAGCCCAUCAGUAUGAUUGUGGUGAGAAAUGCAUUUACAAAAACAGCGUUUGCGAUAGCUUCGUAGACUGUGCUGAUGGAAGUGAUGAAAAGAACUGUUCAUGCCAAAGCUUUCAGUUUGAGUGUGCCAGUGGAGAAUGUGUUAAUUUCUGGCAACUUGGGGAUGGAGCAUCUCAGUGUAGUGACGGCUCCGAUGAAAUUACCGAAAACAGUCAAUACUGUCCUGGCAAUUACUUCCAGUGUCAUAACUUCGGCAACUGUCUAGCCCGCAGUGACGUCUGUGAUGACCAGCAAGACUGUAAUGAUGGAAGUGAUGAAUGGUUUUGCUCUAGUGACCCACCAGAUGAAGUAGUCCUUAACACAGGAGAGUGUUUCAACCUGACAUCACCUUCAUAUCCAAACGGCUACUCUAACAGACUAAACUAUAUCUGGACUAUAACUGGAGCAGUUGGAGACUCUGGUAUACGCAUGAAAUUCGAUGUCUUCUCUUUAGAAUCCGGCUAUGAUUUCUUGGAUAUCGGGGUUGGUACUUUUGAUGGACAUUACCUGUACCGAUUCACCGGGACAUACUCUAUUGAAAAUCAGGGCAUUGCGGAGUCUUCUGUAAGUGCCUCUAAAACACUUUCAGACACUUUCCAAGAACCAGAGUCAGAUGGUCGGAAGAAGCGAUCAGUUACUUCUGAUUUCUGCAGUGCCUCCACAUCUUACUACGAUUACGGAAGUUUCCCCUAUGUUAUCCAUCUAAACAGUACAAAGAUCUGGCUACAAAUGACAACAGAUUCAAGUGUUGUCUAUGAAGGCUUUGUCUUGCAGCUUAUCUCUACAAGAUUUGAAAGUGAAUCCUUUGAGUGUUCAGAUUUGUCGGUUAUUCCAGCAGAUAAAAAGUGUGAUCACAUAUCAGACUGCCCAUCAGGCGACGAUGAACAUGAGUGUGACAAUUAUGAUAUUGAACUCUCAUCUGAAGCCUGGAAGAACCUAACAUACCAACUGGCCUACUCUGAUCACACUGUUGAUGCUACAUGGCGGAUCACAAACACGAGAGGCCUCAGCGGUUACGCGGUCCAGGUCCGCAUGAUUCAAUUGGGCAAGAUGAGCUCAUUGGUCAUAGGACUAGGAUUGGAUGAUAGCCUUACUGAAACACGGGCCGUGGUCUUGUCUCCUUACUCACCACUGUUGGAGUUGCUUUUUGAAUCAGAAGCGUUGUGGGUUCACCUACACUCAUAUGAGUCCACGGAUGCAGCAUUUGAACUUGAACUUAGACCUGCUCACAUCGUAGGAGGCCCACUUCUGUGCAGUGAGGGCCGUGUGAACAUCAGCAGUAAUGCUAUUUGUGACGGAGAAAAACAGUGCAUUGAUGGAAAUGAUGAAAGAAAUUGCAACCACCCUAUUCUCCCAGAAGAGUGUGGGCUGCGCCCUGCCCUGGACGUACAUCGUGUCACACACGGAUCAGAGGUUACCAUCCUGGGAGAAGCCCCAUGGCAAGUUGCCCUCUACGCGAACGGUUUUCGAUUUAUAUGUGGUGCAAGUAUCAUUGCCAAUGAUUGGAUCCUCACUGCAGCACACUGCGUGGAAGACUUCUACCGGUACUCUCCAUUUCAAAUUCAAGCAGGAACGCUUACUUAUGAUACAGCAGGGCAGGUCCAUGAAGUAUCCGAGAUAUUUAUACACCCGCUGUAUAACUCAUAUUCACUUGAAAAUGAUAUCGCUCUCCUCAAGCUAUCAACUCCGCUCAAUUUCACGGAUGCUGUCCAGCCCGUGUGUCUGCCCCCUCCAGGGGAUUAUCUUCCUGAAGUGGGUUCCUAUAUCACGUUUACAGGAUGGGGAAGCUUUGGCGAGAGAGGAGGGCCCUCACCUCGUAAUCUGCAGAAGGCCAGAGCACCUGUGAUACCAAACAACAUAUGUCAGAGACCUCUGACAAAUAUCUUACGUGUUUUCCCGUCAAUGUUCUGUACUAUGUACGAUACUGGAUAUCAGUCUGCUUGCACUGGUGAUAGUGGGGGUCCACUGGUACAGGAGGUGAAUGGUCGCUGGACUAUCUAUGGCAUCACUAGCUGGGGAUUAACCUGUGGCGAAGCAUACUCGCCAUCAGGCAAAACUCGAGUUUCAAGUUUUAUUGAUUUCAUCUAUAAGACAAUUCGAGAGAGUUAAACAAAAUUAUACUCAUACGUCCAAUCACUAUAAAGCCCAAAGCAAAUUUACGUCAAAACAAUUGCAAAGACAUUGGUCCAUUUGUACUAAUUCAGUUAAAGCCAACCCUAGGUCUAAGAUCACUUUUAACAAAGGAAAGCUUAUACUUUAAUAAGUUGAACGAAAGCUAAAGCCCAAUUUUAGUAGAAUAUGGGCCUUAUGGAUUUCAGACUAGAUGCUUUAUCAAACUAAUCUCUACAAGUUACUAUAAUACAUCCAUGGCAAAUUUACGUAAAUACGAUCAUGAGGAGAGAUUAAUCAAUUCAAUUAUUCUUUAUGAAUCAUUUUAAAAGCUCAUGGAAAAUUGAUGUCGAAUUGAUCGCAGAGGUUUAUUUUUUUAAUAAAUUUUAUCUUUAAGACCAUUCUAGAUUACGGUAAUCCAAUUAUUCUUAACAGUUCACUUUAGAUUUAUGUGUAUGAUUAUAAACAUGACAUGAAUAAUUUAAUUCUAUUAAGUGUUUUUCUUUUCUAUAUAUGAAAAUUACUUUUCUUUACAUCAUGUGGGUAAAUUUGAUCAGUGUAGAAUUAUUAGUGUAAUUUGCUAAUGUAAUUAAAUCAAUUUUACUUAUCUUAAAAAAUUAAUGGUACUUUUCAUGCCAUGUUUGUUUAUUGCAUUAACAGUUACAGAAUGAUAAAAAGUGUAAAAGAAUUUAUUGGUUUAAAUGUCCUUUAUUAUAAUUUUGUUAAGGUAUGACAUCUCACUUUCUGUAGGGAUAAUUUGUAUUAUGCAGUUUGAAAGACAAUCAUAUUUUACAGAUAACUUUAUGAUAGCAAACGAUACAAGGAAUGUAAUAAGAUAUUAUAACAUAAUUAUGAUUAUAAAACGGGUUCUAGAAUGCAAUUUAAUUGGUCAAAAGACAACACAUGACCAUGCAUCAGACUUUCCUACCACUCGUACAGUGCAAACAAAUAUUCCCAUUAAAAAGUGGCUGAGAUGCGCCUAAGCGUAUUCCUGGUGGGAACACUAUUAAGACGUGACAAAAUACACGCAGUUUCAAAUGAAAGGACAAUGAUGCAUGCACUGUGACGCGUAUUAAACUGUUUGACUGCCCGCUUAUUUGAUAUUAAUCAAUAAAGCAAAUGAUGGCCUUCAUAA